CAGUGGUGUGGUGUAUCUCCAGGGCCGCUUCGCCGUCAGGGCGCGGUUGUAGGGAGUGACGGUUGGUCUGGUUCUCGCGCCAGCACCUUCCUUUCCUUCUGUCCGACUGCCUUGCGGGCCCGGUUCUCCAUCCGCGUGCACGGCAGCCUAGCGCGAUGAGGCGGGCAGCACUGCGGGUUUGUGCCUUGAGCAAGGGGCUGCUUUCUCCUGGCAGAGGACUGAAUCAAGGAUUCCAGGACUCCAGGAAACAGGGAACCUUCCACAUUCAUGAAGUUCGAGAUAAAUUGCGGGAGAUAGUAGGAGCAUCUACAAACUGGAGAGACCAUGUGAAAGCAAUGGAGGAAAGAAAAUUACUUCAUGGUUUUUUGGCAGAGUCACAGAAAGGAAUGCCACCCAGGAGAAUGAAGGACAGUUACAUCGAAGUUCUCUUGCCUUUGGGCAGUGAGCCUGAAUUACGAGAGAAGUAUUUGACUGUUCAAAACACUGUAAGGUUUGGCAGGAUUCUUGAGGAUCUUGACAGCUUAGGAGUUCUUAUUUGUUACAUGCACACCAAAAUUCAUUCAGUUGAGAUGUCUCCUUUAUCAAUAGUAACAGCCCUGGUGGACAAGAUUGAUUUGUGUAAGAAAAGCUUAAGCCCAGAACAGGACAUUAAGUUCAGUGGCCACGUUAGCUGGGUUGGGAAGACAUCCAUGGAGGUGAAGAUGCAAAUGUUCCAGUUGCAUGGUGAUGAAUUUUGUCCUGUUUUGGAUGCAACAUUUGUAAUGGUGGCUCGCGAUUCUGAAAAUAAAGGGCCGGCAUUUGUAAAUCCACUCAUCCUUGAAAGCCCAGAGGAAGAAGAGCUCUUUAGACAAGGAGAAUUGAACAAGGGGAGAAGAAUUGCCCUCAGUUCCACAUCAUUACUGAAAAUGGCUCCCAGCGCGGAGGAGAGGACCACUAUACAUGAGAUGUUUCUUAGUACACUAGAUCCAAAGACUAUAAGUUUUCAGAGUCGAAUUUUGCCCCCUAAUGCAGUGUGGAUGGAGAAUUCAAAACUGAAGAGCUUGGAAAUUUGCCACCCUCAGGAGCGGAACAUUUUCAAUCGCAUCUUUGGUGGUUUCCUUAUGAGGAAAGCAUAUGAACUUGCUUGGGCUACUGCGUGUAGCUUUGGUGGUUCGCGACCAUUUGUGGUGGCAGUGGAUGACAUCAUGUUUCAGAAACCUGUUGAAAUUGGCUCAUUGCUCUUUCUUUCUUCACAGGUUUGCUUUACUCAGAACAAUUACAUUCAAGUCAGAGUACACAGUGAAGUGGCCUCUCUUCAGAAAAAAGAGCAUACAACCACCAAUGUCUUUCAUUUCACGUUCAUGUCGGAAAAAGAAGUGCCCUUGGUUUUUCCCAGAACAUAUGGAGAGUCCAUGUUGUACUUAGAUGGGCAGCGGCAUUUCAACUCCAUGAGUGUACCAGUGACCUUGAGAAAGGACUACCUUGUGGAGCCCUAGGAAAACCUCACGUGUGGAAAACCAGCCUUUCACCUGCAUUGACACAGUCCCUAAUAAUGGCCUUGAUUUUAGUGUUGCUUUCCAUCCUCCAUCGAGAAGGAGAAUGUAGUUAGCAUUUAGGGUGAUCGGAAAAGUAUAAUAACAGAAUGGCUGGAUGGGGCCGAGGGGAGAAAGAAUUAUUAAACCACAAAUAUUUUCAAAACAGUUUUCAUUGUAAACCUAC